AUGGCAUCUAAUGACUUGGAAAACGAAGUAGUUCUUGAAGUAGAAGACCUCCGCACUUACUUCAGCACUCGUUGGGGUACGGUCAAGGCAGUUGACGGUGUCAGCUUCGACCUGCGCCGCGGGGAAACUCUGGGCAUUGUUGGCGAGUCGGGCUGCGGCAAGUCCGUAACCAUGCUCUCAUUAAUGCGCUUGGUUCCCACUCCCCCAGGCGAAAUUGUAUCUGGGAAAAUUGUCCUACAAGGACAGGAUAUUCUGCAGCUGACCGAGCACGAAAUGAGCCGGGUGCGCGGCAGCCAGAUAGCCCUGAUUAUUCAGGACCCCAUGACUUCCUUGAACCCUGUCUUUUCCAUUGGAAACCAGGUGAACAUUCCUGCCGCAGAAUCUCGUGUAAAAGACUACCCGCAUCAGUUGAGCGGCGGUAUGCGCCAGAGGGUAGUGGGCGCCAUCGGCAUUUCCUGCGAGCCUGCGGUCUUGAUCGCCGAUGAACCGACAACAUCUCUUGACGUUACUAUCCAGGCCCAAUAUCUCAAGUUGCUGAAAGAUCUGCAACAGCAGCAAAACCUCGCCCUGAUUUUCAUCACCCACGACUUCGGCGUCGUUGCCAAGAUGUGCGAUAAGGUGGCCGUGAUGUACGCUGGCAAAAUCGUAGAGAUGGGAGAUGUUAGAGAAAUUUUCAACACCCCGUCACACCCUUACACGGAAGCGUUGCUGGCAUCGGUGCCCAAGCUGGAAGAAGACGUGGACCGAUUGUACGCCAUUGAAGGUCAGCCACCCGCCCUCCACGACUUGCCUCCCGGUUGCUCCUUUGCCGACCGCUGUCCCUAUGUCAUGGACCGUUGCCGAGACGAAUAUCCUCCCGCUUUCCAGACUACCGGUUAUUUGAAGGCGGUGGACGGCAUUUCCUUCCAGAUCCAACGGGGCGAGACCUUGGGCAUAGUUGGGGAAUCGGGUUGCGGCAAAAGCACCACGGCCAAGUUGUUGCUAAUGUUGGAAGAACCUACUGAAGGCCGAAUCCUCUUUGAGGGAGAAGACAUCCAUCACACGGACUCCAGCCAUCGGCCGGCCUAUCGAAGCUCUUGA